AUUCGCACGCGACACUUUUUGACACCGCCAUCACUGUGAUAAAGCUGUUCCCAACCAUCCUUCUUUUCCUUUCAUUAUUUUAUUAUUAUUUAAUUAUUAUAAUUCCAAACACAAUCAAGCUUAUCGGGAGAACCAACCAAUACAUUUUCUCCACGUGUCACAGAAGCGCUAGUCGUUUUUCCACUUAACAGCGUUUCAAAUAAAAUCCGUUGAUUAAUUAAUCGGAAGCAAAGGUAGAUUUGAGAAAUUGAAAGCGAGAAGAAAGAAAAGAAACACUUACAGUGACAAAUUUGGGAGUGGAGAAUAAUGGCUAGUGGAGAUCCGAACCAGAAGAUAGAUUACGUGUUCAAGGUGGUGCUAAUAGGUGACUCCGCCGUGGGGAAGUCGCAGAUACUUGCUCGUUUUGCCAGAAACGAGUUCAGCUUGGACUCUAAAGCCACCAUCGGCGUCGAGUUUCAGACUCGAACUUUGGUCAUUCAACACAAGAGCGUCAAGGCUCAGAUCUGGGACACUGCUGGCCAAGAACGAUAUAGAGCAGUCACAAGUGCAUACUACAGAGGUGCUGUUGGGGCAAUGUUGGUUUAUGACAUCACAAAACGUCAGAGCUUUGAUCACAUACCUCGUUGGUUAGAAGAAUUGCGUAACCAUGCUGAUAAGAAUAUAGUCAUCAUUCUUAUAGGUAACAAAAGUGAUCUUGAGAACCAGCGUGCGGUACCCACAGAGGAUGCAAAAGAAUUUGCAGAGAAAGAAGGCCUGUUUUUCCUGGAGACCUCAGCACUCGAAGCAACUAACGUUGAAACAGCCUUCAUGACUGUUUUGACAGAAAUCUUCAACAUUGUCAACAAGAAGAAUCUAACUGCUGAUGAAAAUCAGGGAAAUGGAAACUCAGCAUCUCUGUCUGGCAAGAAGAUUAUUGUUCCUGGUCCUGCACAAGAAAUCCCCGCUAAGAGGAGCAUGUGUUGUCAGUAAUAUCCUGACUUUGUUUACAUUAUUUAAAUUUACUAGAUUUCAUGAUUCUGUGUUCCUAUCACCAAUUUUUAAUGGUUUGGUGCAUUUCCUUUGUAUAUUUUUACAUCAUUCAAAAUUUAUUUUGCUUGAGUUGCUGAUU